GGUUGCUGAUCAGGUGGGGUGCGGUCACGUGACAAACGGAGGUGUCCCGGUUGCCGCCAUGUUCAGGAUGGAAGCGUUGGGGCCGAAAAUGGACCCGGAGGAGCUGCGCAGGAAGAUGAGGGCAGACGUAUGGCGUUCCCUCCGCUACUUCCUCAUCUACGUCGCCGUUCUGCGGGCGACUCCUUUUAUCCUAAAAAAGUUGGAUAGUAUUUGAGCUUCGUUGCGGACGGACUCCUAGAAGAUGCUGCUGACACCAUCAUAAAGAUUUUUUAUAUUCGGCUAAUGGACAAAAUUUCAACACUCAUAUUUUAAAGCUGUUCUAUUUAUACAACUGGAUUUAUUACAAUUGAUUUUUCAAUGACUUUUGUUUCAAACAUGGAUUUUUUUUGGUAUUGAUAUAUAUUAGCUAGUCAUUUACAGGGCAAAGUCUAUACAAGUCUUUUUUUAAAACUUGCUGUUUGCUUUGUAUAAUUUGUGUUAUAUUUUUCUGAAUUUCAAUGUGAUUUAUGUUCCAGUUCAUUUAGAGAUGAGUUUUCUCUUGAACUACUGCAACAAUUGUUUAAUGUUUCAAUAAUGUAUAAUUUGAUCUGAAGAUAGUACCUGACUAGGUUCAAUUGAAGUUUGCUUUCUUGCAUGAAAAGAUUUAAAUGGAUUCCCAUAUUAGAUGAUCUAUAUAAAAAGAAAUCUACAUUUUCAGUUUAGUUAAAGAUUGUAUAAUCUUGUAUUACUUGAAUUUGGGUAAUAUUGAAAUUUUUAAGCAUUUAAGAUUUUUUCUUUAUUUUGUUAUGGUCUUGUCUAAACAAUGGACUGACAUUUUCAUCUUCCUCUUCAAACUAUAAAAAGUUAAAUUGUGUAGUAGUUUAGUUGUAAAGAUUUUUGUUGGUCAUAUUUAUGAAGAAUAUGAAUUGAAUGAGUAUUGUUUCAAAGGAAACAUGUUAAUAAAACUCAGCUGGCCUGUUAA